AUGUGCUAUAUCUUCACCACCGGUAACAGAACCUGCACCACCGGGAACAGAACCCGCACCACCGGUAACAGAACCCGCACCACCGGUAACAGAACCUGCACCACCGGUAACAGAACCGCACCACCGGUAACAGAACCCACCACCACCACCGGUAACAGAACCUGCACCACCGGUAACAGACCGGUAACAGAACCCGCACCACCGGUAACAGAACCCGCACCACCGGUAACAGAACCUGCACCACCGGUAACAGAACCUGCACCACCGGUAACAGAACCCGCACCGAACCCACCACCGGUAACAGAACCUUGCACCUGCACCGCACCACCCCCACCACCGGUAACAGAACCCGCACCACCGGUAACAGAACCCGCACCACCGGUGACAGAACCCGCACCACCGGUAACAGAACCCGCACCACCGGUAACAGAACCUAACAGAACCACCGGUAACAGAACCCGCACCGGUAACAGAACCCGCACCACCGGUAACAGAACCCGCACCACCGGAACGAACCACCCGGUAACAGAACCUGCACCACCGGUAACAGAACCUGCACCACCGGUAACAGAACCCGCACCACCGGUAACAGAACCCGCACCACCGGUACCACCGGUAACAGAACCCGCACCACCGGUAACAGAACCCGCACCACCGGUAACAGAACCUGCACCGGUAACAGAAUAA